UAAAAUAUUUCUAUUGUCAAAUAAUCGCUCAAGUAUCUUUUUUAAAGUACCUAGGAUAGAUGACAAGAUAGCACAGCAUAAUAGCUGCGAAUUUGCAAGCACAUUAUUGUUCUUAAAUUUUAGUAAAAAAAUUGCAAACCUGAACCACUCGUUAUAAUUUUCAAGAUGAAAUUGAAAUUAAUAAAAAGAAGAUUAUCAGCAGGAGAUAUAUAUAAAGAAGAAACCAAAAAAGAGUCUAAUACUUUUAAUAAAAAAGAAAGCUUAGAAAAACAGAGUUCCGAAUCAGUAAUAUCGUCUCCAAUAAGCUCUCCCGAAAUGAAACCAAGAUCGAGAGCUCAAUCGUUAGACAACGUUGGAGCAAAAACUUUUUUUAAAAGCCCAAAGUUUUUACGACGAAAAAAAGACGAUUGGAGUAUAUCAAAUGCCAAUUUAGUUUCUUCAACGUAUACUGGAAAUUUCGAACCCUUAUAUGCUACUUUAGAAAGAAAGCGCCGAGGAGAGUUAAUUGAUGAUUACAGUGAAAGUAGAGCGUUAAAAAACGAACUUUCAAAAAAUAACUUCAUUAUUGAAGUACAAGAACAAAAAAUUUUGGAAGAUGUUAAAGAAGAAGAUCUAGAUGCACUCAAGGAGUUUUUAUCAGAGUUUGUAGAUAUAAAUGAUAACAUAAUCACAUGUGGAUAUGAUAAUUUUACUGCACUACCAUCCCCAAAUUUACCCAACACUCCCAGCACAACUCCUGUCCAAUAUAUGACUAAUAGUGGUACAAAUUAUUUAUCAAGUCAAAAUUCAUUAUCAGAGAAAACAAAUAUAGACGAUACUUUAAUUGAUAAAUUGCUAAAUUUAAAAAAAGACAAAGAAACAAUAUUGGAAAAGUCGAUAGAUAAUUCACACUCAAAAAUACAAACACAUAAAAUGGUAACCACUAAUUUUUCUGGUGAUUGCGGUAUUAAUGGCAUUAAAAUUACAAUUAAUGAUGGAGAAAGAUUUGAGAACGAGUUCACUUAUACUUCCAAAGGCUUGUCACGUUCAGGAAGUGUCGACUCGCUGUUAAAUGAAAUGGACGUAUUUAUCACACAAAGUGUGAGUGAUGAAGUUGAAAGAGAUUUUAGUGUUCGUGACAAAACUAAAAUAAUGGAGUAUACAAUUACAGGGAAAAUUUCGCAAAGCAAAGACAUUUACAAAAACUAUAUUAUUGACAAAAAAAUCACCCAUCCAUUGACGAGCAACACAAUAGAAAAUGGUGCAACAAGUUUAGAAACGUGUUCGACAAAACUUUCAGAACUAUCUUCGAAAGAAAAAAUAGACAACAAAGAAACAACCAUUGAAAAUGUUGAUCAAGAAUUAAGAACCUAUGAAAAAGCUGAUCAAGAAUUACAGACUUCAAAAAAUACAACAUAUUUUCCAGAAAACACAGAUUUUCCCUUAAAUUUUAGUGAGAUUAGUUUGGUCUUGAAACAAUGCAACAAGAAAAAAGAUUUUAAUGGAGUAAAGGAAUUAAAUGAUUCAGAUAAUCGCUUUGAAAUUCUGAAAAACAUGAUUAAAAUGGCAAACGAUAAAAGUACAUUAAAAAAGACGAACGACGAUGAUAUAAUAAAGAAGGAAAGCUACAAUAAUGUUACUGGCGAGGAAAUAAUCAACUCCUUUGGAAUGGUUGAAUGUUUGGAAUGCUUACCGUCAAUUUCAUUUAAAAAUAAACGAACAGAGGAGUUAGAAAAUUUUGCUUUAAAAUUAUCUGAAGAAAUAAUCAAGGAGUUCGAACUGAGUUUAAAAUUGAACUUAGAGGAAUAUAAAUAUUCAAAGAAAAGCUCAUCAUUAACAAAAAAUGAAGUUAUUGAAACUAAACUAACGAAUGAAAACAAAAAGGAAAACAACUUUAACUUACCAGAGAAAAAGGAAGACGAACUUUUAUUGAAAGGCGACAAGGAGUUCUUAGAAAUGAAGCAAAAUAAACUUGAACUUCAAGGAAAUCUUUUAAAAGAUCACGUAGCUAUCAUUGAUGGACUCGAUAACCAAAUCAAACUUGAAAAGACUUCGAUCAACGAUAUUGCAAAACUGCAACAAAAUUCGAUUCAGAAAACUUUACAAAGUUCUUUUACUUACGAGCUGCAUUUUCAUCAAAACGAACUUGGGUCGAAUAAAAAUGCGCAUAAACUAAGUUAUAGUGUGACAGAGUCAGAUACAAAUGUGUCUAAAUUAAAUUCUCAAAUGUUUGAAUCAGAUCUAAAUGUUCCAGAACUAAAUUUAAAUGUUUUAGAUUUAAAUAUUUCUAGUAAUAGUAUAACUGAUUUUAGGCAAAAUAUACUUGGGUCUGAUCUGAAUAGAUCUGAAUCAGAACUAAACGUUCUCGAGACUAAUAUAAAAAUGUUAAAGCCAAACAAUGGGUCUGAAACAGAUAUAAAUUUUGCCAAGUUAAACCAUAAUGUAAUUUUAACUGAUUUAAACAUGUACCAGUCAGAUCUAAAUGUGUUACAAUCAAAUCUUAACGUCCCUGAAUCAAAUUUUAAUGUGCCUGAGUCAGAUCUUAAUGUUACCGAGUCAAAUCAAAACGUGAACAAAACAGAUCAUAACAUACUCAAGUUAGAUCAAAAUAUGCUAGAAUCAGAACAAAAUAUUAAUGAGUUGGAUCAAAAAAUUGAUACAAAUUUAGAUUGUUUACAUGUUAUAAGCGUUAAACAAUUAAAAAGUUCUUUAGUUGAUGAGAGUAUACGGUUAGAAACUUCGUCAUUUAAAAAAAUUGCAUAUUUUGAGACUUCGUCAAUUGAAGAGUCUACACAUUUAAUGACUUCAUUAUUUAAAGAAAAUACAAAUUUAGAAACUUUAUCAGUUGAAGAGGUUACGCUGUUAGAGACUCCAUCAAAUGAAGAGGUUACACAGUUAGAGAUUCCGUCAAAUGAAGAGGUUAUACAGUUAGAGACUCCGUCAAUUGAUGAACUGACUUCAUCAGUUGAAAAAGAAACACAGUUAGAAACUUUGUCAAAUAAAGAGGUUACACAGUUAGAGAUUUUGCCAAAUGAAGAAAUUACGCAGUUAGAGUCUUCAUCAGUUGAAGAAGUUACACAGUUAGAAACUUUGUUAAAUAAAGAGGUUAGACAGUUAGAAAUUUUGUCUAAUGAAAAGGUUACACUAUUAAAGACUUUGUCAAAUGAAGAGGCUACACAGUUAAAAACUCUAUCAAAUGAAGAGGUUACUCAAUUAGAGACUCCGUUAAAUGAAGAGGUUACACAGUUAGAGACUCCGUCAAACGAAGAGGUUACACAGUUAGAAACUUCAUUAGUUAAAGAGAUUACGCAAUUAGAGACAUCAUCAAUUAAAGAAGUCACACAUUUAGAGUCCUUAACAGUUAAAAAAGUUACAAAUUUAGAGAUUUUGUCAAAUGAAAAGUUUACACUGUUAGAGACUUCAUUAAUUGAAGAGCUUACACAGUUAGAGUCUUCAUCAGUUAAAGAUUUUGAGUUUGAAACAACACAAUUUGAAACAACAUCAGUUGAACAUUUGCUUCCAGAGGUUUCUUUAACAAAACUUCAGACAGAAGAAACAAAUAUUAAAAAAACUCAGGAUGAAAAGAAUGCUUAUAUGGUAGACACUAAACCUGAAAAUUUAAAUGUUGACAACAAUACCAAUCAAUUUGUUAAAGACGUCAAUAAAACCAGACCUAGGGAUUUAAUACAAGCAUAUGAUGCUGAUAACAUUGACAACAAUACAGAUAAUAUCGUAAAUAAAAUAAAAAGUAUUUCAAAUAUUUCAGAUGACGCAAGAAGUAAAAUUAAUGACUACAACAACAUUGCUUGCAUAAAAGAUGUUUAUAAUUUGAGCAUUCAUACCAAUAGCAUAACAACCGUUCCUAACAACAGCGUAAAUACUACAGAAGAAAUAAUGACUGACACCGUUGGCUUCAAUAAUACUGUAACUACAUGUUACAGCAAUAAUGCCACAGAAAAUACUAAUAAUAUACUAUUUCCCAGCAACAACGUUUUAAAUAAUGCAGAUAAUAUCAUAAAUAUUAGUGAUAAUUUUAAUGAAGUUGCAUCCUCAAAAAGUGAUUAUGAUACUACAAAAUAUACCGAGAGUAUAACAAGGAAAAUUGAUAACUUCAACUCGAAUGACAUUAUCGCAAUUGAGAAAAAUGACAAAAAUAACUUCCCCGACCUCAACGAAAUUCCAACCACAAAAAACGAAUAUGAUAAUCAAGGUGUAACUGUUAAAACAACGAAUUAUACCGAAAAUUUUACAAAUGGCACUGAUAACAUUUAUAAAACUGCAACUAUAGAAAGUAAUAAAAAUGCUAUAAAACAUACCAAAAACAUAACAACUGUCACUGAUAAUAUCGUAAAUAAUAUGGAGAAUAAUGCAUGUAAUACCGACAACUUUAACGUAGUUGUAGCUAUAGGACAUGAAGAUAAUACUGCAUUUAACACCGUAAAUGUAUUAAAUAAUACUGAUCAUGUCAAAAAAUAUGCAAAUCACACCUACCAAAAUUUAACAAAUAAUAUAGACUGUUAUAUGACAAAUAUUGUUAGCAACUUUAUUGAAACCUCCGUUAAAAAUGAAAAUAGUAUUACGUAUAACAGUACCACUAAUAUUUACGAUAUAGCAGAAAUUUCCAAAAAUACUUCAAAUAUUACCGAUGAUUUAAAUAAAACUCCAAUAACAAUGAGUGAAGUAAAUGUUAUGUAUAAUGGUAAUAGCUUCAACAAUAAUGAUAUCUCAAACAAUAUUGAUAACGUAGAGAAUAACUAUGCACAUUCAUCUCAAGUUUGUUCAAAUUCAUUUGACUCUGACAACAGCAAAAAUAUCUUUGAACGCGAAACUUCACAAAUUACGUCCCAGGUGUUAUCCAGAAAAGAAGCCUUACUUGUUGAGCUCUUGGAAAAACUAGCAGCACAAAGACUUUGCAAUGAUGCAAGAAGCGAUGAAAGCAUUCUUGAAAACAUUAGAAACGAUGAAAGCACUUAUAACAAUGCUCAACCUGGACCAGAAAGAAAAUAUAAAAUGCUAGAAAAGCGAUCAAAGACAUUUGAUGCUUCGAAUAAAGAAAUCAUUCAAAAAAAUAUUUUAUUGAAACUGAAAAAAAGCAAGAAAGGUUUACAAUCGAAAAUUAGCUCAGCAAAGAGUUUUGAUUAUGGAUCAAAGAAAUAUGACGACCGAUCAAGUGAAUAUAACUACAGAUCAAGCGAACCAAUAUAUGAAAACGAAGAAAGUAAUAAUUAUGACCUCACAAAUUUAAACAAGGAUAAUAAAGAACAUGAAUAUGUUAAUGAAAAAGCAAAAAAAAUCUCAAACAUCGCUUUUGUAAUUUUAAAAACGUGCCGUGAAAACGAGGAACUAAACGAAGGCGACAUUCCAACAAACGAAAGCGACAUUUCAACAGCAAAGCAAAAUAAGAGUGAAUGCAAUUUCUCAAACUUAUUGAAUGAAGAAAAACAGGUUAUAAAAGAUAUAGAAGACGAAAUUGUAAGUUGCUCGGUUGUUUUACAAGAAUCAGAUAUUGACUUUUCGAAGAUGCUUGAUUUAAAUAUGCUAGAUGAAGAAACACUUCAUCAAAAUAGCUACAUUGUAAACGAUUGUAUUGCAAAACAAUGCGAAACAACUCCAGAAAAAUUAGAUCAAGAUCUUGAAGUAAAUCUCACAAAAAAUAUGCCAAAAUGUAUCCAAGUAUGCAACAGAGAACUAGUUUAUGAGGAUAUAUCUUCACCAAAAUACCUUGAUUAUAACAAAGUAAUAGAUUUUAGUGUUUUGAAAACAAAAGAAAAACAAAAGUUAAAACUGCUAACAAAAGCAAAGAGUUUUUCUAAUACAAACGAACCAAUUAGUGAAAAAGAAAAUCACGGAGUAUACAAACUUAGCGACUACAAAAUUGAAGAAAUUUUUGCGCAAGAGAACGAUAUACUUAGAGAAUUUAAGAAUGACGUAACAAAUGGGCAACAAGAUGACUCUUUAACAAAAGAUGAAUUAGGAAAAAGUGAAUUGAGUAAAUGUUCACACUUUGAUGAAGAUUUGAAUCAAGUGGGUAACUCUAGGAGUCAACCUUGUGAAGAAUCAAACAACUUUAGUAACUGUUUUGAAGAAAAAACAAAUAAAAGGAAAACCUUAAAGUUUUCAAGACCUUCUCUUGACUCCAUGCUUUUUUCUCCUGGUGUCACACUUCAAAACCAAGUUUUGCAAUCAAUACAAUUAGAUAACGAAAGUAAAAAUAAAAUUUCACACUUAAUUGAUGAUAAAAAUAAUGACGACCCGUUUUCUGCCAAUAUUUUUGAAGUAACAAACAACAAACAACAAAGCAACAACAGUUUAGAGAACUCUUAUGACAAAACGCUAUGGCAAGAUGAAAAUACUGACUUUAAUAUGCAAGUAUUUUCGUCAACCAUCGAAGAAGACGACUUAGAAUACCAACUCAAAGAUUGUAAGAGCAAUUUAUUUGCAAUCAAUGAAACCAUACAAGAUAGCAAUUUACAUGAAAAUUCUAUGCCUUAUGUUGCGCCUUUGUCAAAUGUUUCAUCUGUUUUUCACGAAACGACUGCUUACAGUGUGACACCCGUUUCUUAUGUAACGUCUAUUUCCAAGCUACCUGCUAAUAAUAUUGGCACAUUACCAGAUUCUUUUCUUUGCUCAGAAAGCGCAACAACUGAACAACGUAGUUUUAAGUCAAACAUAACAUUUUUACCAACUCACCAUGUUAAAAAUAAAAACAUUACUUUUUGCAACACAAUACCAAAAAUAUCUAGCACUACUUCAAAUCUUAUAUCUUCACCCAUAGAUCCUAAUUCACAAUCACAAGAAUGUGAGGUUCUAAUAAACUCACGAGAAAAUAACUUGGUUAAAGAAAUAGAAGCUGAAAAAACUUCGGAAAAAACUGUUACGGAAUGUUUUGAAAAAAAUAAAACCAAGACGUCAGUACAUCAUUCUAAAAAUGACUAUGAUAGCAAUCUUUCAAUACAACUAAAAUCUGUAAAUCGACCACAGAAGGUAACGGUUGAAUUAAAAUCUUCAUGGCGAAUUUCAAAUACUUCCUAAUAAUAAAAAUUCAGAGAGUUGCUUGCCUUUAUAAACUGUAAAAAAGUACAAUUAUAGAAAAUGAAGAGUAUAAUACAUAAAAUAUUAAAACUAAACGUAUGUAGCUUUUAAGAAUAUAUA